UGCUAACUUCACAGUACAAAAUGAAGGUUAUAUUUACAAAUCUUAAUAACAAGAAAUAUUUAUAUAAUUAAUACCUAUCCUAUUUGAAAUCAUAUUAAUAUAAAAGAUGAGCAGUUUGUUGAAGCAUAGUAGAGUAAAUAGAAAUAAACGGCAACAUUCAAAGAAAGAUAAAAAACUAAUAAAACUUAUAAAAUCCAAAUCUGAAUCUGAAGAUGAAGGCAGUGAACAUGAAUUAUCCUACUAUUUAAAUGAUAGAGUCAAAUUAAUGAAAGAAGUGUUAAAGAUCAUUAAACCUAGAAAGAUUAAAAGUAUGGCACCGGAUUGCAUGAAGAGUAUGGACAAUGAAGAAAUUAAUUCAAUGCUGUUGGAAGAACUCCUAGGCAUAUCUAAUAAAAGGCUAAAAUAUAUUUUCAAUGGACAAAAUCUGAAUGAGGAAAGUAGUUCAACUGAUCCAGAGGACCAGCCUGAUGAUAUUAUAUCUUUAGAUGACAUUAGUGAUGAUGAUUUGGAAAUUAUAGAAUUGGAUCAAGAUUCUGAAAUGAAGAAGGGUAAAAAACAUAGGACCAGAAUAAAAGAAGAACAUAAACACAAAAGGAUAAAAAAAGAAAAACAGGACAAGGAUCAUGCUUCAGAAAAGUACAGAAAGGACAAAAGCAAAAAAGAAGAAACAGAACCGAACCCCAUGAGUCAAAAGAAUUUGAUGAGUGUACUAGAACUACUGGAACUUCAAGCCAGGGCUAGAGCUAUAAAAUCUCAACUAGUUUUGGAAUCCACUAAACCUGCUGAAACAGCCCCACCUAGUAAUGAAAUCGAGGAUGAAGAGGGUGAUGAAGAAGAUGCAAUUAUAGUAGAAAGUCCACAGAAUGAAGAAAUAAUAAUAUCAUCUAGUGAUACUGAGGGUGAGGAAGCAGCAGAAGACAACGAAUUAGAAAGUGACUCUGAAAUGGAAAAGAAUGCAGUAGCUAAAAAUAAAACCAAAUUAAUCCAGAAAUCGACCCACAAAGAAGAUCAAAGUAGUAGUACAAGUUGGAAAAAUGUUAUGAUAGAUACAGCGUCGACUAAUUUUACAAGAACUGUCAGAAUCAUUAAAAAUUCAAUAAUCAAAGAAGCUGGACAAAAUGGGAUGAAUAAGAAAAGUCACGAUUCCGUCAGUGAGAGCAGUGCAAACUCUAUAUCGGAAAUUCCUCUUCCAAAGGGUAAAUCAAAAAAGUCCGUGGUUGAUGUCGCUACUGAGGUAAAACACCGACAAAAAAGAAAAAAUUCAGACCAUGGAAAAGAACUCACUGAAAAGCAAACUGUUGAUAAUGCAGAAGACAAAGACAAUUCAUUUCAUACUAAAAGUUCUCGUGAUAGCAAAACUAAUAAAGAAGUUGAAGAUACAACCAAGUCCAGUUCCACCAAAACUAAAAAUUCGGGCCAUGAAAAAGAAAUCACUGAAAAGCAAACUGUUGAUAAUGCAGAAAAAAAAGAUAAUUCAUUACAAACUAAGAGUUCUCGUUAUAGCAAAACUAAUAAAGAAGUUGAAGAUACAACCAAAUCCAGUUCCCCCAAAACUAAAAAUUCGGACUAUGUUAAAGAAAUCACUGAAAAGCAAAUUGUUGAUAAUGCAGAAGACAAAGAUCAUUCAGUGCAAACUGAGAGUUCCCGUUAUAGCAAAACUAAUAAAGAAGUUGAAGAUACAAUCAAAUCCAGGUCUCCCAAAACUAAAAAUUCGGGCCAUGGAAAAGAAAUCACUGAAAAGCAAAUUGUUGAUGCAGAAGACAAAGACAAUUCAGUUCAAACUAAGAGUUCUCGUUAUAGCAAAACUAAUAAAGAAGUUGAAGAUACAAUCAAAUCCAGUUCUCCGAAAACUAAAAACUCGGGCCAUGGAAAAGAAAUCACUGAAAAGCAAACUGUGGAUAAUGCAGAAGACAAAGACAAUUCAGUUCAAACUAAGAGUUCUCGUUAUAGCAAGACUAAUAAAGAAGUUGAAGAUACCAUCAAAUCCAAUUCCCCCAAAAUUCAAAACUCGGGCCAUGAAAAAGAAAUCACUGAAAAUCAAACUGAGGAUAAUUCAGAAGACAAAGAUAAUUCAUUUCAAAAUAAGGGUUCUCGUAAUAGCAAAACUAAUAAAGAAGUUAAAGAUAAAAUCAAAUCCAGCUCCUCCAAAACUAAUCAACAAUCAGGGGCAUCAGUAGACAAAUUGGACAACCACACUCAACAACAAGAAAGUGUCGCAGCAGAGGAUGAUUCAAAAUUAAGUACAUACGUUAAAAAACAAAAGGUUUGUGAAGAAAAUAAUGAAGGUAAUAACAGCGCUGCAGAGGAUGGUGAAGGCAUUAUUUUAGAUGCUGAUCAAUCAGAUAUAGACUGUAUAAAUAUAGACUAGAUAUCGAUUAUAUAAAUAAAGAUUACUUAUUUAUUAUAUAAAUAUAAAACUUUUUUAAAUUGAAA